UUGCAGAUAAUAAUCGGUCAUUUUGGGAAGAUGUAACUUGGAAGGAGUCCAUUCAUGAGUCUGGUGGGAGUUUUAUCAGCUGAAGAGUUAACUGUGCAGACAGGAACUCAACUCUGAUACAGGAGGUGCAGGACUCAGAAUGGAGGAGACGUUGCAACAAGAGAAACCAGAGUCGGAAUAUAAAAAUGAGAAUGAAGAUCAAGGUGGGAUCCGUCGCCGGUUGCGGGACAGGGACCUCCUCAGAAAGAGGAAGGCUGAAGCAGAGGCGAAGGAAACUAACCAGUGGGUUUUGGGGCUGGAGAGCCAGAGGAAAAGACCAAGAGCUGAGCAGAAGGGUGGCUCAAGGAAGAGAGGGAGGCCCAGAAAGAGUGAGGUCACACCAGAGAUCCCUUUCCUUCAGGAGGAAACAGCACCAGCUCAGGAUGCUCCUGCUGUAGUGGUGGUGCCUGAACCUGUGGAUUUGAUCCCAGCUCAAGCAUCAGGCUCUUUGACCCCUUUACUUGCUGUGGGCAGUGACAUGUUUGAAUCCCCGCCAGCACCUGUCAUUGCUGCCCCAGCUCCUAUGCUGUUUGGGUCUCUGCAAAGCCCCCUCUUUGCUCCCACUCUGAUUUCUCGUGCUCCAGCUCCAGUGAACCCGAUUCCAGCCCUUGUUUCACCCUCAGUUCUUGCUCCCGCCAAAGUUCUAGAUACGGCUUCAGUUCCUGCCCAAGAUUCAUCUCCAGCUCCAGAUGCUGUUCCCGUCCCAGCUGUGUCCCGAGACCCUGUUCCAGCUGUAGCUCAAGUGGAGACUCUUUACACAGAGUCACAAGACAGGGUGGCCCUUGACCAGGUCCUGAUUGAAGACUUGGGCUCAGAUGAGGAGGAUGACAUCCCUCCAACUCAAGACAAAAGAGCUGAUGAAGAUCUGAGUGAGACACCGUUGAUCAAUGUGCCCGAACAAAAUAAAUUGUUGAGAAUUCCACUCUAUUCCUCACCGCCUCCGCCACAAGACUAUCUCUCAGGAAAUUGAUCCUAAUUUUCUAAAGCACACUUUUUAGAUACUGCCUCAGCUCAGAUUGCUUCUCAUUUUGGUCACAAUUUGUAUCUGAUUGUUGCAUUGAUCAGUGUUCAGCCUUCUGGCCAUAAGAGAACAGAAAUGAUGAGUGUAUGCAUUGCUUGUUUGAAAAAUGAAUGAAUUCAAAUUAAACCUAUAUGCUUAUUUAUUGUUGGUUUGUGCCUUGCUGCGACACUUGUGAAUUUUGUAUUUUGAAUUGAAUACACAGCAACUUUUGCCUGCUUUUAUUUAAAAAUAAAUGAUAAUAAUCAUUGGUACAAAAAAUAUAUUUUUAAUUGUGGAUUUAUUUCGAUGGAUUUUGUAAAAGUUGUUUUUCACUUAAUAAAAUAAACUGCUAACGUCA